ACACACAAAUUUUUAGUGCUCCUUCCUUUUCUUACCCUAAACUAUUCCAAACAUGGCUUCAAAACCUGGAAUACUCACCAAUUGGCCAUGGAAGCCUCUCGGGAGUUUCAAGUGGGUGAUUUUGACACCAUGGAUUGUGCACAGCACUUACUCCUUCAUAGUGAAUGAUCCAAAGAAGAAAUACCUUGCUUACUUCCUCAUCUUCCCCUACAUGUUGGUCAGGAUGCUGCAUGACCAAAUUUGGAUCACACUUUCCCGCCACAGAACGGCCAAAGGGAAAUCCAGAAUCGUUGACAAGGCCAUUGAAUUCGAACAAGUUGAUCGAGAAAGCAACUGGGAUGACCAGAUCUUGUUCAAUGGGAUAUUGUUCUACGUAGGUUAUAUGUUAAUUCCAGAAGCUUCUCAGAUGCCCUUGUGGAGAUUGGAUGGUGUGGUUAUCACUGCUCUUUUACAUGCAGGACCAGUGGAGUUUCUGUAUUAUUGGCUGCACAGAGCACUUCAUCAUCAUUUUCUCUAUUCCAGAUACCAUUCUCAUCACCAUUCUUCCAUUGUCACAGAACCCAUUACUUCUGUGAUCCAUCCAUUUGCAGAACACAUAGCAUACUUUUUGUUAUUUGCCAUUCCACUCUAUUCAACAGUGGUCACAAGAACAGCUUCCAUAGCAUCCUAUGCUGGCUAUCUUGCAUACAUUGAUUUCAUGAACAAUUUGGGUCACUGCAAUUUUGAGUGCAUUCCAACCUCCAUUUUCUCAACAUUUCCCUUCCUAAAGUAUCUCAUGUACACUCCAUCGUUCCACUCACUGCAUCAUACCCAGUUUAGGACAAAUUACUCACUGUUCAUGCCAAUUUAUGAUUACAUCUAUGGUACGAUGGACAAGAGCACAGACAGCACAUAUGAAACAUCAUUGAAGAGACAAGAAAUUUCACCUGAUGUGGUUCAUCUGACACAUCUCACAACACCAGAAUCCAUUUUUCAUCUGAGGUUGGGAUUUGCAUCCUUAGCCUCAAAACCACAAUCUUCAACAUGGUACCUUUAUUUGAUGUGGCCUUUCACUCUUUCGUCUGUUCUUGUCACUUGGUUUUAUGCCAAAACCUUCGUCAUCGAGAGGAAUGCUUUCAAAAUGCUCAAUUUGCAAUCAUGGGUUAUUCCUAGAUUCCAUGUUCAAUACCUUUUCAAAUGGCAAAGUGAAACUCUUAACAAACUCAUAGAAGAUGCAAUACUUCAAGCAGAGUCAAGCAAUGCAAAGGUUCUAAGUCUAGGUCUUUCAAAUCAGGCAAAUUCACUGAAUAAAUAUGGUGAACUUUACAUCAAAAGGUUUCCUGAGCUUAAGAUAAAGAUUGUGGAUGGAAGUAGCUUAGUUGUGGCAAUUGUUCUUAAUAGCAUUCCUAAUGAAGCAAGUGAAGUUCUUCUUUGUGGAAAACCUAAUAAGGUUUCAUAUGCCAUUGCUACUGCUUUAUGUGAAAAGGGUACAAAGGUUACAACAAUGUACAAAGAUGAAUAUGAUGAUCUUGAAUUAAGACUCUCCAAGGAGUGCAAAAAGAACUUGGUUUUCCCAGGAUCCUACAAUGCAAAGAUUUGGCUUGUGGGAGACCAAUGUAACGAAGCAGAACAAAAGAAAGCAGCAAAAGAAUCAUUGUUCAUACCUGUUUCCCAAUUCCCUCCAAAGAAACUUCGUAAAGACUGCUACUAUCACAGCACACCAGCCAUGAUAGCUCCACCUUCAUUGGUCAAUGUCGAUUCCUGUGAGAACUGGCUGCCGAGGAGAGUGAUGAGCGCGUGGCGCGUGGCCGGAAUAGUGCAUGCCCUAGAAGGUUGGAACGUUCACGAAUGUGGAAAUUUCACGUUUAGCGUUGAGAAAAUAUGGCAAGCAAGUCUUCGACAUGGCUUUAGGCCAUUCAAGAUUAAUUCAUUUUCUUCAACUCUUAAUCAAUUGCCAUAAUAUAAAAUUCUCAAUUAAUCACUUUGUGAGUGUAUACAUAUGUAUCACUCAAUUAAUUAACUAGCUUAUAUAUGGUGUUGGAUGCAAUUAAUGUAUUAAUAAUAUCAUAUAUGUGUUUUA